AUGCCUUACGAAUCACCAUCGUUUGAAAUUGGGGAAAGAACAUUAUUAGAAAUAGAACAACAAACAAAUUAUGCAAGAACACCUUUAACUUCAAGAAAUAAGCAAACAAAUGAUGAUGAAAACGAAAUUAUUAUCGAAGAAUCACCAAAUGCAAAGGAUAACAGCUCAACAUUUUAUCAAAAGGAUUUAGCAGAGAGAUUCAAAAAUGCAAGUCAACGUGGAAAAAUGAAAAGGAAAUUUGAAAAAUCUAAAAGCAAUCUGACAUUCAGAGGAGAUGACGAAGAGAACAAAAAGUCUGAAAUAUCUUCCAUCAGCAAAUAUCUUCAGGUAGAGGAAAUUGAUUUUUCUGCAUGGGAGAGAUCAGCAGCUAAACUUAUAUCACCAGCUGUUAAAAAUGCAAGUAAAUUCGCUACAAUAAUGGAUGAUUUUGCAGAUAUUAAUUUCUCAGAGUCUUUCAUAUCUGAAUCACAAGAGGAAAUGAUCCUGAAUAAGAAAUCGAAAGAUGAUGCAGAUUGUGAAAAUUCAAUUCAUGAAAUGGACAAUGUAACAUUUCUUCUUCCUCAUGAAGCAACAAAAAAUGAUCAAGUUGAAGCUGAUAAACUUCUUCAAGCAGAGUUUGAUCAGCACAAACAAUCAAAUGUAUCACUGCUGGAAUCAGAUUCUAUUAAAACCGAAUCAGUUCUUGCUUUUUCACAAAACGUUGUAACAUGUAGAAAAGAAAGUCACGAUGAAUCACUUUCACUGGAUAUGAACAAAGAUCUUCGCUUCAUAUCAAAUUGGAAUCUUCCUCAAAGCAUUGUGAAUGAAUAUCGAAAGAAAGGCGUUGAAGAAAUGUUUGAUUGGCAAAAUGAAUGUCUGAGAAAUACCAAAGUUCUGUUUGAAAAUGCAAAUCUAGUUUACUCUGCACCAACAUCAGCUGGCAAGACUCUUGUCAGUGAAAUUUUGAUGAUUAAAAAUGUCGUCGAAAGGAGGAAGAAAGCAAUUUUCAUUCUUCCUUUUGUCUCAGUCGUGAGGGAAAAGACAUUCUAUCUUCAGGAUUUAAUGACAAGUUCAGGAAUACGAGUGGAAGGAUUCUUCGGCGGUUAUCAUCCACCUGGAGGGUUUGAAUCAAUUGAUAUCGCAGUGUGUACAAUUGAAAAAGCAAACAGCAUCAUAAAUCGUCUUCUGGAGAAGAACAAGCUUGACGAAAUCGGGACAAUUGUCAUUGAUGAAAUUCAUUUGAUAUCAGAUUCGUCACGUGGCUACAUCCUCGAAUUGCUUCUCACAAAAAUUCUCUACAUGUGUCAAAAGUUUCAUCACAAAAUUCAACUCGUCACAAUGUCAGCGACGUUACCAAAUGUAGAACUUCUCCGUGACUGGUUGAAAGCUGAGUUUUAUCGAACUGAUUAUCGUCCAAUUGAAUUACGUGAAAUGAUUAAAAUUGGAAAGAAUAUUUACGAUCAAAGAAUGAAAUUAUUGAAAGAAAUUGAUGAAACAUGGAAAGACUUCUUUCCUAAUGAUAGUGACGAAGUUUGUCAAUUGUCAAUGGAAACAAUUUUAGAGAAUUGUCAGUUGAUAAUAUUUUGUCCAUCUAAAGAUUGGUGCGAGCAGCUCAGUACAAAUUUAGCUCGUGGGAUUCACGGAAUGUUGAAGACAAAUGCUGGAGGGAUUGUUAACAUUUUGAAUAAAAUGAGAAUUGAAAUGUUACUGGAACAAGCCAAAGCACUUGCAUCAGGUGUGGAUGAGAAACUUAUUCGAAAUCUCGGCUAUGGAUGUGCAUUUCAUCAUGCCGGUCUUACAACUGACGAAAGAGAUCUCAUCGAAAUGGGAUUCAAAGAUGGGACAUUGAAAGUCCUCGUAGCGACCAGUACAUUGUCGUCUGGAGUGAAUCUCCCAGCACGACGCGUCAUAAUAAGAACUCCAAUGUUUGGUCGAAGUAUGAUGAGUAAUCUCACAUACAGACAAAUGAUUGGACGCGCUGGACGUAAAGGAAAAGACGUUCUGGGCGAAUCGAUUCUUGUUUGCAAUGAUGCAACAUCGAGAAUUGGGAAGCAACUUGUUGUGACAUCUUUAGAUCCAAUUUCUUCUUGUUUAAAUGCCGACAACAAUGCACAUCUUAAACGUGCGUUACUUGAAAUCAUCGCAUCUGGCGUUGCAAACACAAAAGUAGAUCUUGAAGGAUUUGUAAAGUCAACUUUAUACUGUCAGCAACAUGAAAUCGAAUUUGAUUGGUUUCAAAUAUCAAAUGAAGAUUUGAAAGCUUUAAUUAAUGUGAAAAUAUCGAGUGAAAAUGAAACUGAAACUGAUACCGAUCCGAUAAGAAGUUCAAUGAAUUUCCUACUCGAAUAUGAAUUUAUUCGAAUUCAUGCUAAUGACGAUAACAAUGAUGUGCAAUUUGUUCCGACACGUCUUGGACUUGCUUGCUUAUCUUCAUCACUUCCACCCAAAGAUGGAUUUCUUUUGUUUUCUGAACUUCAAAAAUCGCGACAAAAUUUCGUGCUCGAAUCGGAACUUCACGCAAUUUAUCUCGUCACACCUUUUUCUGUUGCUUAUCAGCUUCAAGAUAUCGAUUGGAUUUAUUUCGCUGAAGUUCAUGAUAAACUUCCAGAAAUGAUGAAACGAGUUGGAACGAUGGUUGGCGUUUCUGAGACUUAUAUGAUCAGAGCGAUCACAGGGAAACAUAGCAGCGAUUGGCGAUCUCUGCAAAUUCAUAAAAGAUUCUACACCGCUUUAGCUUUACAAGAACUUGUCAAUGAGAAGUCAGUGACAGAAGUGUCAAUGAAGUAUAAAAUUCCUCGAGGAAUGUUGCAAAGUCUUCAACAAAUGGCAUCAACUUUUGCUGGAACUGUCACAACAUUCUGUAAAUCACUUCAAUGGAAUCUUCUCGCCUUAAUUCUCUCUCAAUUUCGUGAACGACUUUUCUUUGGCAUUCAUCCCGAUUUAAUUGACUUAAUGAAGAUUCCAAGCUUAAACAGUACGAGAGUAGCUCGAGCUCUUUACAAAAAUGGAAUCGAACGACUUAACGAUCUUGCAAAUUGUAAAACAUUAGCAGUCGAAAAUGUCAUCUUGGAUUUGGGUGAAAACUUUUUCAUUGCUGGGAAAUCAUUGGAAAUGAAUGCUCAACAACUUGCUAAUCUUAUGAUAAAUGAAGCAAGACAUCAUCUUCAGAAUGAAAUGGGAUUAGUUGGCGUUCAAUGGACACAACAACAGUCUGGUAAUGCAAGUCGUAAAGAUAGGAAAAGAAAAGCAAAAUUGUCAAUUUCUGAUGAGAAUACAAAAAGGACACGAAUCGAUUUAAAUACGAGUGAGGAGUUUAAAAGAAAUCUCAGAAGUUCUGACACUUCAACAGAACUUCUUGUCGUUAACACGCAACUUUUUAAUCAACUUGACAAGAAAGCAGAUGAAGAUAAGGAAAUUGAUGAAAAUGCUUCGCUUUUCAAAGAUCUCGAGAGUGAAAGUUCAUCAUCGAAUGAAUCUUUACUCGAACACUUUCAACUUGUUGAUGUCCUUGUUGGUGACGAAACGUUCAGUCAAUUUGAGGGAGAAUUACAAGAGCAAAAUGAAAUUGGAAUGUCGAUUGGAAUUCAGAAAUUCGAAAUAAAACAACAAAUGAUUGGUGGGAAUCUUUUGCAAUCUUCGCUGAAAAAUUUCAACUUUACAUUCGACAAGAAUUUCUACAUCGACUGCAUAAGUUUUUGUUGCAAUGCCAAUCGUGUUUAUUUUUUAAACGUUCAGAAUGACAAUGUGAAGUUGAUCGAGAGAGUUAAGCAAAUGUUGAUAAAAUUAAUGAAUCGAAGUAAUUUAACUUUGAACAUUUAUGAAGCGAAAGAACAACUGAAAAUUCUUUUCAAAGCUUUGAAACCUCCACACAUCGGGAAUUUUGUAAAAAUUCGUGAUCCAAGGAUCGGUAGUUGGAUUUUACAUCCCGACACAAACCUGAAUUGGCAUCAAAUGGUGGAAAAGUUUUCACCAAAACAUGCUGAAGUUUUACAGCUGGCAGCGAAACAUCAAUCGACAGUUAGCAGCUUAGGAAUGAAUUUCGUCAGUCGUGUCGAGUCAAAAAUUCGAACUGCAGUUGAAUGUUUUCUGUCAAAUCAUCUUUUGGAACAGCAAAUUGAGUUGAUGAAGAAAACUGGCAAUGGGACAAUUUCGAGAGUUUUUUGUGAUCUUGAAAUGUCAAUUCAAAUUGUUUUGAUGAAAAUGGAACUCAAUGGCUUUCCAAUAAAUGAAUGCAAAUUUCAAGGAAUGAUUGAGAAGGCAUCAAAACUUCAACGUCAAUUGGAACAACAUAUUUACGAAUUAAAUGGACGGAAAUUUAAUUUAUCAUCAUCAAAAGAAGUUUCCAAAGUUGUUGGAAUUCAUCGCAAUCUCGAAAAUAAGAAGAAAUUGUCAACUGCUAAGAAUGUUCUCGAGAAAUUGGACCUUCCAAUCGCCAACUAUAUCAUGACAUGGCGAACAUUGAGUAAAACUUUAUCAAAUUUUCAGCCAAUGACGAAGUUGAUAAGAAAUGAAAGAGUUUAUGGAAAUAGUUUCAGUUUAACUCAAACUGGAAGAAUUUCAAUGUACGAACCAAACUUACAAAAUGUCACCAAAGAUUUCAUUGUCAAAUUUAAAGAUUACGAUGAAAUUGUUUCCUUCCGAAGUGCCUUUGAAUGUUCGAAAGGAAAACUUUUAUUAUCAGCCGACUUUUGUCAGUUGGAACUAAGAAUUCUCACUCAUCUGUCAAAAGAUUCUAAUCUGAUGUCAAUUAUGAAGUCACCAGGUGAAGAUAUAUUCCGAAAGAUAUCAGCAAAAUGGAACAAAAUUGACGAAAGUGACGUCACAGUUGUUCAUCGAAAUCAAACAAAACAACUUUGUUAUGGGAUUAUUUACGGAAUGGGAAAUAAAGCUUUAGCGGAAACAAUGAAGAUUGAUGAAGAAGAAUCAGCGAAAGUGACCGCUGAAUUUCAUGCAGCAUAUCAAGGCAUUAAACGUUAUAGCGAUAAAACAAUUCAGAAAGCUCGUGAAAAUGGUUUCAUUGAAACUGUGACGUUAAGACGAAGGUACUUGCCAGCACUGAAUAGUGAAAGCUCAAGUGAAAAAGCACAAGCCGAGCGACAAGCUCUUAAUUCAUGUAUUCAAGGAUCUGCAAGUGAUUUGGUGAAAAAUGCCAUUCUGAGAAUGGAUCGCAACUUGAAUAAAAACAAACUUAAUGAUUGUAAUUUGGUACUUCAUCUUCAUGAUGAAUUGUUUUAUGAAGUACCAGAAGAAUGCAUAAAGGAUGCUGGAAGAAUUCUUAUGCAAAGCAUGCAGAACUGUGUCGAGCUUAGAGUUCCCUUACUCGUUAAACUCAAAUUUGGUCGUAGUUGGGGGGAAAUGAAGGACUUUCAGACCCUGCAAUGAAAAUAAAUUAAACAACUUUUGUUUUGUGAAAUUACAAAUCAAUGAUUUAUUAAUAAAAAGUUAAAAAAUACAAUUAUCAACUACAUCAUUAGACAUCAUUAUUAAUUUUAUAUAAAAAAGUUUAAAAAAAGAGUAAAAAAUUUUGUUCAUAAAGUUUCAACUUUAAAAUCCUCGAAUAACAUUUUUUUGUUUCUUACUUUUAAUAACUUUAAACGUAGAUGAGAUGAAAGAGAAUUUAAUUUUCAUUUGUUUGUGAAACAUAAACAGGUGAAUUAUGAUUAAGCAGGUAAUCGAAAUCCGUCACCAAAUGAAAACGAUAUUCAAUCAAUAGUUCUCUAGUAGAUAAUUGUUUAAAAAAAACUUAACGCAAUUAAAUCUCUUUCUUGUUAAAAUUAAUCUCAACUUAGUAUCAAACUUAUCAAUGCUAAAUCUUAUCUCAACAUAUUUUAAAAUAAAAAAAUGUAAAAUUAAUAUUGCAAAACUUGUUUUGUUGUUUGUGUUGAUGUUGUUGUCUUUAAUUAAGUGGCAAGAAUAUGAAAUUUCAUCGAUUAAUUUGCUCUCUUAUCACAAAACAAAAAAAAAAUCUACGUUUCAUGAAUAAAAACUAAAAUUUUGAUAAAAAAACUUCUGUUGAGCAAUUUCAGAAUCUCGUUUCGGUUGUUGCCUUUCUCUCAUCUCGCACGUUAUUUCUUGUCUUUUUAACAUCGAUUUUUUAUGUUUUUUCCCCUUGUCAGGUACUUAAAAAUUAUCAAUUUCCAAUAAAUCUAGAAACAAUAUUUUAUAAUGUUCAAUCAUGAAACUCUUUAAGAUUAAAUAUAUUUAUAUGUAUAUGGCAGUUUUCAACAAAGAUUUUUCUUUAAUUUUUUUAAUUAAAAUGUAAAGUGUUGCAGAAGGGAUUAAAGAGUUCGGCUUGAUUAUUGAGAGUCGCUUUCGAUGGGUAUAAUUAUCUAUAAGUUAUUAUUUAAGAUGUCAUGGAACAGCAAGAAAUAAAUUUUCCUUCUUCAACAUUCACUUUAUUCCCUCCCUCGGAAGAUUAUUCCAUCAAUAAUGAAAUGAAAAGAUUUUUUAGUACGAUUCUAUUCCCAACCUAGCAAUUUAAAUUACUCUCAUUUCUUUUCUACCGAAACGCGUUUUCAUAAAAUCAAAAAUGCUAAUCGUAAACGAGAAUAUUUUGAUCGUUAAUCACAAAGAAAUUAAUAAGAAAUAUAUUUCAUGUUAUUUCAAUUUAAAUUAGAAUUUCUUUAUUAUUUUCGCGCGAGACAUCCUAAGUAGAUGUUUCUCUUCUAGUUUAUCAUCAUAAAAGUUUCAUAAUUUUUCAAAGGCAUUCGUCUGAGAUCUUAAAUAGUUUUAUCUUCUAAUUCUUCUUUCUCUUCUAUUUUCUUUUUCUUUCUUUUCUGUAUUGUUGAACUACAUUAAUAAUAUCGCAUUAGAUAUACAAAAAAAGUCUAAAAAGAAUAUUAAUUAUGUAAAAUUUCUCUCAUUUUCUCAUCCAGUUAUGGCAUGUGUGGAAAUAAAUGCAAAUUUUUCUUUUGCUUUACUCUUCUUUUCAAUAUCUAAACUAAAGCUUAAAAAAAACUCACAAAUAAAAUACAUUGAGGCGUAAAAAUUAAUGGCAAAAGAUUAUUGGGGCACGUUAGGCGACGACGUCAAUCGUGCGAGUUAUGGUUUUGAGUUUAUUAUUUCAUAGGCAAGAGAAUGGCUUAACUGUUUGUGAUGACACUUGGGAAAACCGUUUAGUGAGAAUUGGAACGUAGAUUUCUCAAAUCCAGCGAGAAAUACUUGCUUCGAAAUAUGUUAAUACCUGUUAUCGAUUAAUGAAUAUAAUGAAAAAAAAAUAUAUAAAUUGAUGUCUUUCAUAUGUUUUUCGGGGGAAGGAAAGAAUCUUUUAACUCUAAAGACCUCUAAGAAUAUUUCUUUUCAAUUCCAGCAACAUUUUAAUCGUCUAAAAUAAAUUUAAAUAAAUUAAUUAAGUACACGAACAAAAAAUAUCGCUCCUUCAUUAUGCAUAAUAUUUAUUGAUAUCUAAUUCAUUUUCAAUGAAUUUUUUCUUAUGAAAAUUUGCUGAAUUUGUUGUCGAUUCUGAUAGUUUCGAUUUUUUUCUUUUUUGGGAAUGUUUUCAGAAGUAUUGGAAGGUUUGGCACCUCAUAAUGUUCACGAUAUCGAUUUAAAUUAAUUUAAG